GUGACUGUCGCUGUUCAUUGCCGUAAUUUGACACAGUCGAAACGUUUUUUCUUUCAAAUAGAGACAAGAUUUUCUAUCUCAACUAGAAUCAAUUUCUUUGAAGAGAUUGACGGGCAUUUUUUCCUGAAGGGUCAAACAUGCAGCCCGUUGGAAUUGCUUGUUCACGGCUACAGUUUCUGAGUAUACCAUCCAAGUUCGGAGCCAGUCUACUCAUAUUCCUAAUGCUGAUCACCCCAUCCAGACUGUCCACGUGCAAGUCUUCCAUUUUCAAAUCAUACCAUGACCGUUAUCUUCCUAAUCACGUGAUCAAAUUCAUGCCAGUGACGUCACAGGUAGAAUGUUCUUUGCUGUGCUCGAGACACGAUGAUUGCGAAUCUUGGAAUCUGAUUGAGACGGAAUUUGCUUUGGAAUGUGAACUCAACAAUGCAACAAUAAAAAACGGGAUUGAGACUAAUCUAGUGGUAAAACAUGGAGCGAUAUUUGGUAGUCGACUUGAUAAUGUCGCAAAAAAGGCAGCCAAUGUACCGAAACCUCAGGAGAUUUCUUACGUUUUUACAAAUCUUGGAACAGAGGGAGCUGAUGGACCUACAGACACGAGUGGUUACCAAGGUACUGCUUUGGAAGGCCUGGUAACAAUCCGGAAUGGAAUCCAGGAAUGGUUCGUGCCGCAUACGGGUACCUAUGAGAUCGAGUCACGUGGUGCAUCUGGCGCGAACGGCUCUUGUGCAAAAGGCUCUUCUAACACAACGCAGCUUGGAGGCUUGGGAGCAAGGCUACGCGGGAAAUUUCUACUUUUUCAGGGAGACUUGUUGAAAAUUCUUGUAGGACAGCGAGGAAUUAUGGGUACAACAUUCGGUGAUCGACCAGGGGGUGGUGGAGGGGGGUCUUUUGUAACGUACGGUAAUAACACCCCGCUUGUGAUUGCCGGUGGCGGAGGUGGUGGUGGGGGAUGCAAGGUGAUUGAAGGGAAACCUGAUGGUGAUCCAGGACAGUUAGGGUUGUUUGGUAGUAGAUGUAACAGUACGGUGGAAAAUGGGGGAAUGCUGUGUUUGGAUACACAGGAUCCUACAGCAGUGCGUAGUGCCGGAAGUGGAGCGGGGUUGCUAGGCGACGGAAAUGGCGCCAACCCUCCAGGGACUGAUUCAAAGUCUUUUGUAAACGGAGGAAGGGGUGGUACGAUUCAUAUUGGUUCAAAUGGGGGGUUUGGUGGUGGUGGUUAUGGUUGGGAAAACCCAGGAGGGGGAGGGGGAUACACCGGGGCUGGUGUGUGGGGUAACUCGACUUUUGGAGUGGCAGGCGGUGGGGGCUCUGUCAAUCUCGGCUUCGACCCAAAGUCAGGAUAUGGCGGCCCCGGGGAACAUGGCUUGGUUCGAAUUGUCUUUAUUCACAACUAAAUUGUUUUUACUGCAUCGUAUAUCCAACCUGGAGUGCCCGUGGUUUUCAUGUCGUAAUUUAGCGAUGUUUUUUGUCGAUCGUGAUGUUAGAUAAUUAAAUAACAAUUUACGACAUGAAACGACCAUGUAGGCUUAGCAAAAAACUGGUGUUUUUAAAUAUAUGUGUCUUAUCUUUAACUUAGUGAAAAUACUUCAGGCAAUUUCAGAGAAUCGAAUGAAACUCGGCCAGUUCAUAAUUUACCGCAAAAUGCUUUCUUAGUUUCUUGAAUCAUAAAUGAUACUGUAAAUAGUAGUCUGUGAACUUUAGCACUUAGCAAACGAAGAUAUUUAAUUGCAAUUAUGCAAUAAAGCACAAGGUUAGAGACACCCGCGCAGCUUUAUUUUGGUAUCUCUGUAGUUCUUUUAAAACAAUUCCACAAUUAUCCCACAAAGGGGAGAAAUAAUCGAAGUAUGGCAGAAUUAACGCUUUAUAGAUGGUGUGCAAGGUUUCAUUAGGAACGAAAUAUCGUUCACUAUAUACAUAUCACUAUAUAUAUAUAUAUCAAAUAUAUCAUGUUGAACCCGCUAAAGGCUUUUGGGAGGGGCCAUUAGCGUGCGGACACGGCGCGUCUCAUUUCAAAUACUGACUACUGAAACUGAGACAACAAUAAAAUGUGAGCAAAUAUCCCUCUUUAA